AAAUAUCGAGGAUAAUAUCGAAAGACCCUAACCCUAAACACUUUUCCUGUUUACGGUUUGGGGCCGACUACAUUUUCCCUACUACAGCACAGCGACCCUCCCUCCCUCCCUCUCUCUCACAUCGAUUUCAUCUUUCACUCACUCACCCGGAGUCUUGAAUCCACUCGCUAUAUCUCAUCCAGGUGACAAGGCCUUCAUUUCUGGUCAAAAGAUGGUUGAUCGUCUUUUUGAGGAUAUCUUUCAAAUACUACAGUUAAACCCAGAUGGAAAAAAGUUUGAUAAGGUUACUCGAAUUGAAGCAAAAAGUGAGACAUGCGAGAUGUUCAUGCACCUAGAUGUGAAUACAGAGGUGUAUCCCAUGAAGGAAGGUGAGAAGUUCUCAAUGGCUCUAACUUCUACACUCAACUUGGAUGGAACACCUGACACUGGCUAUUUCACUCCGGGAAAUCGCAAGACGUUGGCCGAUGAAUAUGAGUACGUCAUGCAAGGGAAGCUUUUUAAAAUCUCAGAAGGUUCUAAACGGGAUCCUAAAGCGGAGGUAAAUGCUUCAUUUGCUGGGCUGUUGAUGAUGCUCAAGGGGGAAUCCUCUCAAUUCAAGAACUUUGAAUUGGAUCAAAGGCUGUUUCUCCUCAUCAGGAAGCUAUAGAACUCAUGGCAGUCCAAUAUGGCAUUGUCUGCUACUUUGUCCUAAUAUGAACAUUGAUUGUCGUCAUGUUGUAUAAACUUAUACUGCCCCUUGACAGUGGGGAUUAAGGCUUGGUUAAGUUGUAAUGUUUAGACAUCAGUGCUAAGACAGUUUACAGCUGUCUGAAACUCUUGACGUACAGGUCAGCUGCACUUUCCUUAUAUGAGCAUUGUUAUGUCUGCCGCUA